AUGAAAAUGGCAACACGUCGCAAUGGACAGCUGUCAUCGUGUGAGCCUUGUCGGAAGUCCAAAUUACGCUGCGACCACCAGACUCCUAUCUGUGGUCGAUGUAUCGGUCACGGCCAAGCCGAACGCUGCUUUUAUCAUCCUGCCCCACUGACUCAACCGCGCGUGCGCCCCUCCAGGGUGAUAUCACGGAGACCCAAGAGGCACCAACGCCCGGACAAUCAGUCUGUUUUUCGUUUGGAUCAGAAUAUCUCCAGCAUGGCCAUACCGGGGCCGCCGCCAGGCUUACCACCAACUACAGUCGGGGAAAGUACAUUAUGCGACCAGCACAUCGCGCAAUGGACUGCGAAGGAGAAGCGAACUCUGACACCAGGACUUUUAGGGCUUGUAUCACCAAAAGAUAUUUUCAAUGAGUAUGAAAAUACGCUUUGUGUUGAGGAACCAGACAGCCUACCAGCAACAACAGCACCAGCAACUGCGUACCCACCGAGUGACUCCAAUCAUGUGUUGCUAGGAGCUCAGAUUCUAUCACAUCUACAGAAGAUCCGCUGGUUCCAUGAGAUCAUUGAGCUAAAGAACAAGAUAUCCCCAGCAUGGGUUAUAGGCACUCCAUUGACUCGUGCCUUGUGUGAUUCUAUGGAGCAAAUGUAUGAUUGUGCAGUCCACAAGUCCCAGGAUACCCACGCAUCACUAGCCACCUUGUCCCAUCAAAUAUUUGUCAACACAUCCAAAGAUAGUCAGAUACAUCCAACCAUGAAUGUCUCUGAGUAUUUUAAUUCAAUGGCUCCAAGGUGGGAGACAGUUGGACUUGUCUUCGCCCUGCUGGGAACAUCAUUAUUCCUUACACCCGAUGAUGACCCGAUUUUCACACAUCGCAACCCGUGGAAGCUUGAAAAAGGCCAGCUCAGAAAUGUGGCCACUGCCAUUAGUGAUAUCUGCUACCAGUUCUGCAAUAGUGCUGGAACGACUAGCGAUCCAUUUUGCUUGCUCAUAGCCCAGCAAAUCGUUCUCUUCACUGCAAUGUUUGGCGACAGCGACUACAGAGUCUGGCAAAAGCUCGGAGAUCUAUCUACCGUUGUUUAUGCGCUUGACUUACAUCAGUCCGACGGAGACAUUGAAGAAAACAUUCCCUUUUUCUUGAUGGAAAUACGAAAGCGAACUAUGGUGUGCGCAUACGCAAUUGAUAAGGAGCUAGCGACCUUUUUGGGGCGCCCUCCACGAAUCUGCUCUCGAUACUGUAGUAUUCCGCUUCCGUUGGACAUAAGUUAUGAGAAGAUGGUCUUAUCACGAAGUGAAAGAGAGAAGUCACCGCAGAAUCUCGACAUGCAUGGCUGGAAUAUUGAAGGAAACCUGACCGUUGGCGUCAGGCUUCGUGUCGUGCUAAUGACGAGCUUGUUGCGAGAAAGUAUCCUAGAAUUGUCCUUGAGUCCUAGUACUCAGCAUAUCCCAGCCAGAGUUGAAGAACUGAUUCAGGAAUCCCGUCAGACCCAGCAAGAACUCCCCUCGUUUUUGCACUGGUCUCCCGAGCAAGCUGCAGCUGGUGCCUACAUCUUUCCACGAGACGAGGGCCGCGCCUUCGUUCACAUGGAGUUUACGUACCAGGAGUUUCUGUUGCAUCGGAUCUUGCUCAAGCGCCUCGGCAUAAACCCACCAGGUCUUAUACAAAGCUCUCUGGAGAUAUUGACCACGCUAUUAGACAUGAUUGCCAUGCGGAAUCGGUCCGGCCACCCGGUGACAAAUAUGUUAUGGGAUUUAUGCCAUAUGGGCCUUCCUGCUGCAGGCAUCCUGACUUCGAAACUGCUCUCGGAGCAUAGCUCUCAAAUUUCGAAGCCGCCAGUACCACCGUUAUCUGCCAACGUUCGUUCACGUACCAUCGAGAAGCUCAAUAUUUUUGUUUCUCAUCUGGCCGUCAUGGCGAGGCCCCACGAGGGUAAUUAUGAGAGUGUGCAACAAGGGACUCGAUUCAUUCGUCGUAUGCUCGAUCGAAUUGUUUCUUCUGAGUGUCCCCAGCCGGCCAUGUCGACUCCAGAUAUUGAUCUGUCUGAAAAUUGGAUGGAUGGGUGUGAUUUGGAUGUUAAUCUCGAUUUUAUGGCGUGGUUUGACAGUAUUCACUGGAAGCAGGACCCUUUGUUAAACUUCACUUGA